GGCUCGAGUCUGAGAACACGGUCUCAGGCACUGAUGUUACGUGUGGGUGUCUCUAGUCCGUGAAGCGAAAGAAAGUGCUGGGGCGAAGCCCCCAGCAGGCAUGCUCAAUCGGACGAUGGCGCCGCUGGUGCUGGCCGUGCUGCUGCCGGUCGCGCUGGCUGCACCCAAGGAGGUGUCCAGGCCGCGCGACCCCGAGGAGGGCGGCGGCCUGCGCCGCGGCCUGGGGCUGCAGGUCGGCUCCUUCGUGUGGACGGCGGGCGUCUCGCCGCGCCCCCCCGCGGCGGAGCUCGCGCGCCGGAAGGGCCCGGGCCCCGAGGCCAGCCCCGCGGCGUGGCAGCAGACCGCCGAGGGCGAUGAGCAGGAGGAGGCGGGCGGCGAGGUGGUCACGAUCCAGCUCUCCCCGGCGGUGGGCGAGGGCCCCGCCCUGGGCCUCGGCCCGCAGCUGGGCGCAAAGGUGUCGCCCGAGGGCCAGGCCGAGGCCGGCGCGGCCAGCGGCGGGGCGCAGGAGGCUGAGGACGCGGGCGAGGCGGCCGUCAGCAUGCCCAUGUCCGAGCAGGACCCGGACGUCAUCGGCAGGGGAAGGACCCUGGCCCUCGGGCCUCAGAUGAGCGCGCGAGUCUCCCCCGGAGCGAAGAUCGAGGCCGUCCCCGUAUGGUACGCCUACGUGCUCGAGUCGGUCAGCCAGUCCAACGGCCGCUUUUUCCAGCUGUGCCUCCUCGUCAACGUGUUCCUGCUGGUGACUGCCUUCUACUGCAACCCGAUCAAGAGGCGCAGCAAGCAGGUGAGGUGAGGCAAGCUGCAUGAUGAUGCUAGCAGGAGGAGGCUCGGAGGAGGAAAAGGAGUCCCGCUGCCACCGGGGCUGCGGUAACGGUGCGCGCUAUGCCGCCGUCCGAGGUGUGGGGGGGAAGCAGGGCGUGCGGGCGGCCGCUUGACGGGACCUUCGCUUUGUACGACCACCGGUCCUCCUCCGCUAUGUAGAAGCCAAGAAAUAUUUGGAUCCAAGCGGGGGUGCUAGACCGGUUGGCGUCAAGAGGGUCCCCGAUGUACGUGCAAUCAUGUUUUAAGUUGGCAUAGGCCACGCUACAGGCGGCCUUGCCGAGCUGCUACCUUGUGUCCAGCUUGAGGGUCGUAGAAGGUGGUCCUGGAGGGAACAGCUCCUGGAGGUUACCUCGCCGUUUGCGGGGCCAUGGGGUUCUCCAGGACAUCUGACGAUGCGAUUUCUGAAACCCUUCGGCCCCAGAGGGGCCAUGUACCUGGCGAUAGUUCUCCGGACCCGAUCCAGCCAUGAUGGCCCCGGGGCCUGAAAACUCGAGGUGCGGCCACUGACCACCUCAUCGCGCUUCUGGGUCGGUCGAUCCUGGGCUGUGCGCUACCCAGGCGUGCGGGGCGGGGUCUGCCCCCCCCACCCACACCACCCGCCCCCCGUCGGAAAAGCGAUGAUGGCCGGGGGCCUCGUGGCAUCGAUAAGACGACCACGGCUGCCCUUCGCCACGCCGUCACUGAUGAACCUCUCCACCGAGGUCGCCAGUGUCGCCUGCUCGAAGACACCCCCCUGUUGUUGGAAGGAUUAUGGUUGUG